AUGCAAGGAGAUACUAGCAUGAAUAUUGAUGACCUAGAUGCUCUCCUUGUAGACAAUAGCUUUACCGGUGAUAUAAAAUCUGCUCUCCCUUCACAACCUCAAUCUCCAAAAUCAAAACCAUCGAAAAAUACUAUCACAAAAACUCCAACAACAAAUUCAAAGAGAAGACGACCUCAAUUUCAAAAAAAGAUAGACUUAGAUGCAUUACUAAACGACUUACCAGUUCAAGAAGAAGGACUUAUUACACCAAAGCUUUCUCUGAAUGCUAGUUCACCAGACACAUCUCCAAAAGCAUUAUCUAGUCCAAAACUUACAAAUUCUCUAAACCAACUCACACAAAAUGUUGAAAAUUAUUUAAAUUCAGCUUUAAGUUCAGCGAAGAUUGACAUUCUUUAUGAAAUAACACAAAUUGUAGAAAAAUCAAAUGAUUAUACUCGUAUAAUUGAUCCUUUUAUGUCAUCUUUGAAAGAUGAUAUAAAAGCUGAAAUCGUGUAUACGCAAAAUCAACUACAAGAUAUAGAUAUUGAAUCUUCAAUAUCUCAAUUCCACGCUCAAAUGACAAAUAUUAAUCAGAUAAAAUACCAAAAUUACGAUACAAAACCAAUUCUCAAUUGUCAUUCAUUUAUUUCCAGCGGACAAAAGGUUAUUGAUCAAAUAGAUCAAAAACAGCGCGAAUUAUCAAAUGUUGUUACAGAUUCGAUUUCAAGAAAUCAUCCAAGAUAUUAUCCAUCAUUUUCAAAUCUUGAAUCACUUAAAUCGAAGCGACUUGAUUGCGAAGUUAAUAUGGCAACUCUUGAAAUGGAAUUGGCCGAUGUUAAAAAACGUCAAGAAAAAAUACAACAAAUGAGAAAUAAAACGAGUCUUCUUGAUGACGAAAAUGAUAACUCUACUCUUGAUAGUGAAUCAUCCGUAGCAGCUGCAGCAUUUACUGAAGUAAGAGGUUUAACUCAAGAAAUGUUGCAAGAAACAACAAGAAUUUCUACAUUUUUAUCAGCAAUGAGAAGAGAAUACGAUUCUGAGUUCAGACAUAUGAUGUCUGCUUCUUCAGAUUGGAAUGAUGCCUUUUUAAUUUAUUAUGUAAAUUCUCCUUCUUCUACACCAUUGAGCAGCCCUGAACCAAAGCAUAUACCAAGAGUUACGUUAGUUGAAGAAGAAGAUGAAGAGGAUGAGGAAGAUCAAGGAGAAUCUUCAGAACUUUCAGUUUCAAAUUCAAGUAUUUUAGAGUUUGCCAAAAUGGAGCAAAAUAUAUACGCCGAAAGAAGAAGGAAACGAGAUAGUGAACUAUCCCAAGCUAAUGCAUUUCUCAAAGAUAAAAUGAAAGAAGAAAUGCACAAUUUUAGAGCCAUGUAUAGAAAACCAAAAUAG